AUUUAGGUGUAGCCCAAGUUCAUCCACCCCAAUUAACAACAAUAACCAACUUAAAAUCCCUACCCUCACACACUCUCUCCCAGCCCGAAUUCACGCCAAGAAAGAAUGGCCACCACAACGUCCACCGUCCGCUCCGCCGUCCGUACAACAUGCCGAUUCUUCUCCAGCCGUCACAGCAACCACAAUUUCUUAGAGCCGAAUAGCUUCAUAGGAAGCUGGGAAGCCCCAAAGAACCCAAAAGAAGCAGAGGCAAAACUAGCUAAGCUUCGAAGGGAUUACGCAAAGCAAGUGAAAGAAGUGCGCAAAGAGUAUAUAAAAGAAAUGGAAUUGAUGCGUAUCGAGAAGCAGAGAAAGGAUGAUGCUAAAAGAGAAGCACUUAGAAUUGCUAACGAAGAGAAAAAGAAAUUAAAAGCUGAAGCUGCUAAAGUUAGAGCUCAAGAGCGAAUGAUUGCUCAAGAAGAGUUUCGUCAAAUGCUUUUGAAAGAAAGAAGUGAGAAACUUGAGAAUUGGAGGAUGAAAGAAAGAACAAGGGAAGAGAAGAAGAAAGAGAAAAAUGAGCUGUUGCGCCAACAAAGUUCCGUGUGGGUUGAUGAAAAAGAAUUGGAGUCUAAGGUCCUAGAAGCCAUAGUUGAUGCCAGAUCACUUUGAAUUUUAGAUUUUGAAUAUCUUCUUGACAAAAUGAAAUCUCAAGCUUAAACAUAGCUAGGACUUGGUCCAUCCUGAAGAAUAUUUUGGAGUGCUCCAGCAACUCUGCACCAGUUUCAUGCUUGCUUUUGUCCCCUGAUAUAACAAUGUUUGUUUCUUUUCUUUUCUUCAUGAAAAAGAAUUGGAGUCUAAGGUCCUAGUAGCCAUAGUUGGUAACACAUCACUUUGAGUUUUAGAUUUUGAACGUCUUGUUGACAAAACUUGUUCCAUUUUGAAGAGGAUUUUGGAGUGCUCCAGCAACUCUGCUGUCUUUACUAGCUCAUGCUUUCCUUUGUCCUCUGAUAUACCAAUGUUUUAUUUAUUUUCUUUUCUUGAGUUUCACCUAAGUGAGUAGUGAAGUUAAAAGUAGUUUUUGUAACAAGAAUUUGUAACAAUUUCUUGAUAUAUUUAGGUCAAAUAAGAAAAAGAGAAGUGCCAUUUGCUCUGA